GAUUCUGAUACUAUCCAGUUGUGUAGCAAUCCCUAUCUUGAGAUUAAAGCAAAGGAAUUGGAAAAUGAACUGGAGAAAGUUAUGCAAAAUUCAUCAUUUAAGGAUGGGUUAAUUUUCUGCCUAAGGGUAAGUGAUCUAGAGCACCAAGCCGAAAGAGAUGAACUAGAACAGAUCCCUUUAAAAUCAUAUCCGUCAUCUAAUGAUUCAAAAAUAGGUGGUGAUGAAGAAGAAGAG